AUGGCACAGUGGAAAAGCGGAUUAUGUAGCUGUUUUGAUGAUAUGUCAACAUGUCUACUUGGAUGUAUCUGUCCUUGCUAUUUAUUUGGUCAAAAUGCCGAACAAAUUGAUGGAUCAAACAAAAUUACCACGUGUAUAAUUUAUGCAUUGUUAGCUGGGUGUCAUAUCUGUUGUUUUGUUCAGAAACCUAAACGAGCAGCGCUUCGUGGUGCUUACGGGAUCGAAGAGGCGCCAAAUGAUUUACUUGUUACAUGCUUUUGUAGUGCUUGUGGCAUUUGUCAAGAAGCAAGAGAACUGCGUGAACGAGGUGCAAAACCUGGUGUACCAAUAGUUGCUUCUCAACCGCGUUAA